AUGCACAGGAGCCGGAGAGCAGAUGCCGAGCAGGGGACGCCGAGACUCCGGAGCGCCGCACUGAAAACCCGGAAGCGGAAGCGCCCGAGAUCUCGCGAGAUCUCGGGCGGAGCGAAGCGCAGCAAGCAGGAGAGCCGGCGGCAAGAUCAGAGCCCAAUGCUCUAUUACCUCAGACACCUCCUGGCAUUCAUUUUUGCCAUACAGGAAAUAAACAGUCGAGGGGACAUCUUACCAAAUAUUACCCUGGGCUACAUUCUCUAUGACUCAUGUGAGGCAGAAAGGAGAGCUCUGCAGAAUACACUCUGUGUUAUAACAGGGAGAGAAAUCAUUACUCCAAAUUACAACUGCUACCAGAAGGGUCAAUUGGUCGGUAUAGUUGGACAUCAACAAUCAUCUUUAUCAGUUUCAAUGGCGAGUGUGAUUGGAAUCUAUAAGUAUCCCCAGCUCAAUUAUUAUCUGAAGAGGAUUCACGUGUUGACCCCCGGGAAAGAGGAGAUCUAUUUCAAUAGAGAUGGACACUUUCUUCCAAAGUUUGAUGUUUUAAACUUUAUUAUAUUUGAGAAUAAAUCGAAGCAGACAAACACAGUUGGAUAUUACCGAGAAACGAAUGGGAUCCAAUUACAAAUAAAUAACAGCGCCAUACGAUGGAAUCCAAAAUUUUUCCAGACUCCCGCGUCUACAUGCAGUAAAAGUUGCCUGAUCGGAUACCAACGAAUUCCCAUGAAAGGACAACACAAAUGCUGCUUCAGCUGUUACACUUGUCCGGAGGGUCAGAUCUCUAAUGCCACGGAUAUGGAGAAAUGUAUGACCUGUCCAAAAGACAAAUUUUCAAACCAGGAAAGGACUGCAUGCAUCCCCCGAGCAACUGAGUUCCUAUCACAUGGAGACGCACUGGGGAUAUCUCUCAUUGUCAUCUCUCUGUUAUUCUGUUUCUUGACAGCUGUGAUAUCAGGAAUAUUUGUCAAAUACAAAGACACAGCAAUUGUGAAAGCCAAUAACCGGAACUUCAGCUUUAUUCUUCUCCUCUCUCUUAUGUUAUCCUUUCUCUGCCCUCUAUUAUUUAUUGGACGCCCAUCAAAGUUGUCCUGUCUCCUACGACAAGUGGCUUUUGGGAACAUUUUUACAGUUGCUGUUUCUUCAGUUUUGGCCAAAACAGUCACCGUGGUCUUAGCCUUUCGAGCCACCAAACCCGACAGGACCGUAAGAAAAUGGCUCCGGAAGAACCUUGCAACAAGUCUGUUGUUAGUUUCUUCUUUUGGUCAGUUUGUUAUCUGUGUUUUGUGGCUGAUAAUUUCACCACCAUUUCCAGAGCAUAAUACCCAGGUUGCCUUUGAUAAGAUAAUAUUACAGUGCAACGAAGGAUCUUCCAUUGCUUUCUACAUUGUUUUUGUCUACAUUGGAUUCCUCGCUAUGUUGAGUUUUAUUGUGGCAUUCUUGGCCAGAAGACUUCCAGACACCUUCAAUGAGGCUCAGUACAUCACCUUCAGCAUGCUGGUGUUCUGCAGUGUGUGGAUCUCCUUCAUCCCGGCCUAUCUCAGCACCAAGGGGAAGUACAUGGUGGCUGUGGAAGUUUUUGCCAUCUCAUGUUCCAGUGCUGGACUUCUGGGCUGUAUCUUCAUUCCCAAAUGUUACAUUAUUCUACUGAAACCAGAACUGAACACAUUGACAAUACUGAAAGAUAAAGAGCAAAGGGUGGCUCUCUUCGUCCAGAGCACCCAGCGUGAUCACUCACAGUGA